AUGUUCCCCCUGCGCGGGGCGGGCAGGCCUCCGCCUGGUGCUGCCAGGGCGGCCGGGGGCGAGCGGGGCUCUCUCGGUGCAUCUGGGGCUUCUGUUGUUUUUCAGAGGUACAUGGAAGUGAGCGGCAACCUGAGAGACUUGUACGACGACAAGGACGGCUUACGGAAAGAAGAGCUCAGUGCCAUUUCAGGGCCAAAUGAAUUUGCAGAAUUCUACAACAGACUGAAACAAAUUAAGGAGUUUCACCGGAAGCACCCAAAUGAGAUCUGUGUUCCAAUGUCAGUGGAGUUUGAGGAGCUGUUGAAGGCCAGAGACAACCCGAGUGAAGAAGCUCAGAAUCUGGUGGAGUUCACAGAUGAGGAAGGGUAUGGACGAUACUUAGAUCUGCAUGAUUGUUAUCUCAAGUACAUUAAUCUAAAAUCAUCAGAGAAAUUGGAUUAUAUCACUUACUUGUCCACGUUUGACCAACUCUUCGAUAUUCCCAAGGAGAGAAAAAAUGCUGAAUAUAAGAGGUACCUUGAAAUGCUUCUUGAGUACCUACAGGAUUACACAGACCGAGUGAAACCGUUACUGGACCAGAAUGAACUUUUCGGGAAAAUUCAGACUGAGUUUGAGAAGAAGUGGGAAAAUGGAACGUUCCCUGGCUGGCCGAAAGAGACCAGCAGUGCGCUCACUCACGCUGGAGCCCACCUGGAUCUCUCGGCGUUCUCCUCUUGGGAGGAAUUGGCCUCCCUGGGACUGGACAGAUUAAAAUCAGCUUUACUGGCCCUGGGGCUAAAAUGUGGCGGUCCUUCCUUGUUUGCUAAGAAUCCAAAGACAAAAGGAAGCAAAAGAGACACUGAAAGAAAUAAAGAUCUUGCAUUCCUGGAAGCUCAGAUUUAUGAGUAUGUAGAAGUUCUUGGGGAACAGAGACACCUCACGCACGAGAACGUGCAACGUAAGCAAGCACGGACCGGGGAAGAGAGGGAGGAGGAGGAGGAAGAGCAGAUCAGUGAGAGUGAGAGUGAAGAUGAAGAAAAUGAGAUCAUUUAUAAUCCUAAAAACCUGCCUCUUGGCUGGGAUGGCAAGCCAAUCCCAUACUGGUUAUACAAACUACAUGGUUUGAACAUCAACUACAACUGCGAGAUUUGUGGUAACUACACCUACCGAGGGCCCAAAGCUUUUCAGCGUCACUUUGCGGAGUGGCGACACGCUCACGGGAUGAGGUGCCUGGGCAUUCCCAACACUGCGCACUUUGCCAAUGUCACACAGAUUGAGGAUGCAGUCUCGUUGUGGGCAAAGCUGAAACAACAGAAGGCUUCGGAGAGAUGGCAGCCCGAUACGGAGGAGGAAUAUGAGGAUUCCAGUGGGAAUGUGGUGAAUAAAAAGACCUACGAAGACUUGAAACGCCAAGGGCUGCUGUAGCUUUUCCCAAGUGAAGGAUUUCGCAUCUGAAAAGCAAGUGGAGAUGUGUCAGCAGCUCUGGCUCCUCUUCAAUUUCUGGAUUUUCUAUGUGCAUGAAUAUAGAUUUCGAGGAUACUUUAUAGAAUCACUUUCUAGUAAGCCCCUUGUGAAAAGCAGACUU